AUGAGCUUUAAAAGAACUAGGGUGCAGGCACCUAAAUUCUUAUUUACUCGCCGUGGAGCUUGCAUAGCAUUUAUUAUCCUCAUAUGGUUCCUCUUUUAUCAUCUUCCAGAUCCUCCUUCCACCCAGAACAAUACCCGCGCAGACCGGCCACACCCAGAGCAUCAAGUAGAGGACACGCCACGAUUUCUUUACCGCUCUCCCUUUCGAAAGAACCCGGAUGUUGAAUAUGAAAAACAACUGUCAGAAGCCCUGAAGGAGAUUGAAGAAGCCGUAUUGGCAAUCAGUGAUAAAAAGGCCAUCGAGUUUGUGACCAACGAGCUAUCCGCCAUCCCCGAAAUCGCGACCAUAUAUAAAUCGUACCCUCGCAAUGUCCUCCGAGCAGAUCUCCUCAGAUACCUCCUUCUCUGGUACUACGGAGGCUUCUACGCAGACAUUGAUGUCUUCCCCGCCCGCACCAUCAAGACCUGUCCAGCCCUAGAGCCAUUCUUCGCACCACCACCCAACGAAUACACAGAAAGUACUCAUCCCGAUGUAUCGCUCGUUGUUGGAAUCGAAGUCGACGAGCCAUACGCUUCACAGCAAUUCAUGCGCGACUGGCAUUGGACAAGGAGCUACGGACUCAUCCAAUACACCAUGUAUGCACCGCGACGUUUCAGUCCGCUUCUCCACGAAACAAUCGUGCGGGUCUUGUCACAUACCAGGCAAUACAACAGUCAACAUAGCAGCUUCUUCCGCAGUCCGGCGUAUGGCGAGAAGACUAUAUUAGGAGUCACAGGACCUGAUGUCUUCACGGAUGCUAUUCUUGAUACACUUUCCUCUUCGCUGCCUUCGACACAUCCGUUCGUUCAACAAUCUAUAGAUGCAGAUGCGGAUAUAGGGGAUCUUCUCUCUCCUGAACUUGGGGACUUGAACGAACGGGUAACGUGGGCUCCGUUCCAUAGACUCCGGGAUUCUGUCUGUAUUCAGGCUGAUGAGGCUGCCCCAAAUAAAUCUAUGGGUGGACUAUGCGUGUUGCCAAUCAGUGUUUGGGGGAAUGGUCAGAGACAUAGUCAGGCGGGAGGGUUUAAUCAUCCCAACGCUUGUGUCAAUCAUCGGUUUGGGCGGACGUGGAAGAAGGGGUGGUGGGAGUAUAUAUUUGGGUGA